AUGGCACAGAACCCCAACAUUCUUCUCUAUACCGGAAAGACAGGCCCGGGAACCCCCAACGGCCGCAAGGUCUCUAUUAUGCUGGAGGAGCUAGGACUUCCCUACGAGAUAUACAAUCUCAGUAUCCCCGAUGACGAGCAAAGAUCGGAAUGGUACUUGAAAAUCAAUGCAAGUGGUAGAAUACCCACGAUCAUCGACCGAACCGAACCUGACCACCCAGUUACCGUAACCGAAUCGGCAGCCAUCAUGCUGUACUUGGAGAGCAAGUACGGAAAGAUGGAGUUCUCCUAUCCGCACGGGACGACUGAGUACUGGUCCAUGAUGGAAUGGAUCUUCUUCCAAAUGAGCAACAUCGGGCCAAUGCAGGGCCAAUUCAACCAUUUCAAUGUCUAUGCACCGGAAAAAGUUCCAUAUGCCAUACAUCGGUACAAAAACGAGACCCUACGGUUAUAUUCUAUUAUCAAUCGACACUUGGCACAGUCGUCCUCGGGAUGGUUGGUGGGUGACAAGUGUACGAUUGCGGAUUUGAUCAACUUCACUUGGAUCCAUAUUGCGGAGUUCAGUGGAAUCAAGCUGGAUGAAAUGCCCGAGUUUCGGCCUCUGGCAGAGUGGCGUGCCCGGAUUUCUGCCAGGGACGGAGUGAAGAAAGGGUGGGCUGUGCCCUCUUAG